AUGGAAACCAAUAACGCCUCCGACAACUCCGUCUUGGGCGACUCUGCCGGCAGUCUGCCCAGCGACGGCACUGGAAUUGUGUCCCUCGACCCGUGGCUCUCGCCCUUCAAGGACGCUCUCAAAACCCGCUACAGCAAGGCUCAAGAAUGGCUCAAGGCCAUUGAGCAGCACGAAGGCGGUCUGGAGAAGUUUUCAAGGGGUUACGAGAAAUUCGGAAUUCACGUGAAUGACGACAACUCCGUCACCUACAGGGAAUGGGCACCCAAUGCGCUGCGCGCCUACUUCAUUGGCGAUUUCAACGGCUGGAACCGUGAUUCCCAUGAAAUGACGAAGAACGAGUUUGGCGUCUUCGAGAUCACCGUCCCACCGGUUGAUGGCCAGCCGGGAAUUGCACACGACUCAAAGAUCAAGAUCUCCUUCGUGGUUCCCAACGAUCACGCAAGACAAGAGCGCAUCCCCGCAUGGAUCACUCGAGUGACCCAAGACCUCUCAGUGUCUCCCGUCUACGACGCAAGAUUCUGGAACCCCCCGAAGGACCAGAAAUACGUCUUCAAGCACCAGCGGCCCAAGAAGCCACAGAGCCUUCGCAUCUACGAAGCACAUGUCGGAAUCUCCUCGCCGGAGGCCAAGGUCGCGACAUACAAGGAAUUCACAGCGAAUGUUCUGCCGCGCAUCAAGCAUCUGGGCUACAAUGCCAUCCAGCUGAUGGCCAUCAUGGAGCACGCAUACUAUGCUAGCUUUGGAUACCAGAUCAACAGCUUCUUUGCUGCAAGCAGUCGUUACGGGUUGCCCGACGACCUCAAGGAGCUGAUUGACACGGCGCAUGGUAUGGGAAUCACAGUCCUGCUGGAUGUGGUGCACAGCCACGCUUCCAAGAACGUCCUGGAUGGCUUGAACAUGUUCGACAAUAGCGAUCACCUCUACUUCCAUGAGGGAGCAAAAGGCCGCCAUGAGUUGUGGGACAGCAGGCUGUUCAACUACGGUAGCCACGAGGUCCUGAGGUUCCUGCUGAGUAACCUUCGCUUCUGGAUGGAAGAAUACAACUUUGACGGUUUCCGUUUCGAUGGUGUCACAAGCAUGCUCUACACUCACCACGGCAUCGGAACUGGCUUCUCUGGUGGCUACCAUGAGUACUUUGGCGAAGGUGUGGACGAGGAAGGCGUCGUAUACCUCAUGAUCGCCAACGAAAUGCUUCACCAGCUGUAUCCCACUUCCAUCACGAUUGCAGAGGAUGUGUCCGGCAUGCCUGGUCUGUGCGUUGCCUUGUCGCUCGGCGGCAUCGGCUUCGACUACAGGCUGGCAAUGGCCAUUCCGGAUCUGUACAUCAAGUGGCUCAAGGAGAAGCAGGAUAUCGACUGGGACAUGAACGCCCUUUGCUGGACCUUGGUAAACCGUCGGCACGGAGAGAAGACUAUCGCAUACGCCGAGAGUCACGAUCAGGCCCUUGUCGGUGACAAGUCCAUUCUGAUGUGGCUGUGCGAUGCGCAGUUGUACACCAACAUGUCAGUCUUGACGGAGCUUACUCCGGUCAUUGACCGUGGACUGUCUCUACACAAGAUGAUCCGUCUCGUCACCCACGGCCUUGGUGGCGAGGGGUACCUCAACUUUGAAGGCAAUGAAUUCGGUCACCCGGAGUGGCUAGACUUCCCGCGCGAGGGCAAUGGUAACAGUUUCCAUUACGCGCGCCGGCAGUUCAACCUUGUGGAUGACGAGCUUCUUCGCUACCGCUUCCUGAACGAGUUCGACAGCAAGAUGCAAUGGACCGAGGAGAAGUACGGCUGGCUGCACUCUCCUCAGGCCUACAUCAGCCUGAAGCACGAUGGCGACAAAGUGAUUGUCUUCGAACGGGGCGGGUUGCUGUGGAUCUUCAACUUCCACCCAAGCAGCAGCUUCACCGACUACCGCGUCGGCGUGGAAAAGGAGGGUACAUACAGGAUCGUGAUCAACACUGACUCGAAGGACUUUGGAGGACAUGGCAACAUCAGCGAAGAAACGCGUUUCUUCACAACGCCGUUUGCCUGGAACGAGCGGAAGAACUUCCUGCAGGUGUACAUUCCAUCGAAGACGGCAAUCGUCUUGGCGCUUGAGGAGACUUUGUAA